AUGAUUUUCUCUUUUAAGGUGUUGUUUAGCACGCUGCUGAUUGUGUGUGUUGUAUUUUUUCUCUGUGCGGAUCUCUCACGACUGCCAACAAGGGAGAGUGCGAUGAUCGACAUUAGCCGACUUCUUAGCAAGACGGAAGAUUGUGAAAGGUGUGGUGAAGUUCUGCGCAGCUUGGACGCCUUUCAGUUGUCACGGAGUACAUUGCUUAUGAGGGCUACUGAGGGAUAUGAUAAACCACACAGCUCCUUUAUCCGUGCAUGUGAGGAAAACCCAAAUAAUCUUGGCUGUGACACAGCACUUGACAGGGACCGUACGGAAAGAGUGAAGCGAGCAUCAUUGAUUAUUUCACAAGUGAAGAAGUUGUAUGAACCGAAGGACGAAGGCGUAUCUUUACUUUUAAAUAACCGUUAUAAUGACUUUAUGAAAUACCUUUUGGACGAGAAGGAACAGGAAAGCUGCUUAACGUGCGUUGUAGAAGAUGGCCGGUUGGCUCGUCUGAUGACAGAACCCGUCGCCGAUGCUGUUCUCGGCUACACCUGGUAUCAUCUUUACCCUAUAAAUGAGCGACAUCAGGCAUUCUGUUGGAGGCAUUGCGAGGGAUUACUUACCUACUUGGAAAGGAUAUACCUGUAUUUUCUUCGGUUUUAUGUAACACAGGCAGUGCGAUUCCGCUUGAUGGCAUUACAACAUGAGUAUGCCACUAUUGUCUUAAUAAUGCUACAGUUAGCCUUACUUGUUAUAAUAUUGCAGAGGUAUGUAGCUGAUGGGAGGGGUGGUACUGGCAGUGGGGCAAACGUAGGGGGCAAUGCGCACACAGAGAACAAUCCAGCGGGAGGGCUGAGGGGUAACGCGCGUAGGGCGGCUCUGGGACGUGGGAAGGGCGGUGGUGGUGGUGGUGGUGGAAAAAAGGAUUAG